CCGGUCGUUCAUAUAUUUCCUGGCCGGCUCUUUAGCUUAGCAUGUGUGCCUUCCUUACUAAGUGUCGUUAAGCAACAACGAGUGUUUAUGAAGUUGGUUUAUGGUUAUUACAGGAGGUGUUGGUUAGUGGGUGUUUUCUAAUGAACAGAACAACGAGUCGGGUGAAUUGCCCUCUCCGGGGCUAAAAAUACACACUCACCAAAUUUGACUGACUGGUGGUUCAGCUGUUGUUGCUAACGUUAGCUUCUAGUUUGGGAAGAGUGACGGCAGAAAAAUGGCAGAGGCAGUCGCAAAUGUGGCCCGGAGGGUUAAUGCAACUGUAGAGGAGGGGAAAGAUACUUUGGACCUGUCAAACUGCAAGCUCAUUUCUUUCCCAGACGGUGUGUUCAAGGUCCUGAGGAGUGUCUCAGAAAACAUCCGCUUUAUCACAUUGGCUGACAAUGAGAUGAAGGCCCUUUCCAGCAAGUUCUUCUCAACAUUCACUCAGCUGAGAGAACUGGACCUGCAAGGCAAUGUUCUCACCAAGCUACCUAACUCUGUGGCAGAGAUGGAGCAUUUGACCUGCAUCAAUCUGGCUAAUAACAGCUUCUCCAUCUUCCCUGAUAAGCUUACUGAAAUAGCCACACUGGAGAGGAUUAACCUGGAGGGAAACAGCCUCACCGAAAUACCGGUGGAGAAGUUGUCGGAUAUGCCAGCACUGAAGUGGCUAAACGUGAAGUCAAACCCUUUGGACUCAAACACUCAGUCUGCUCUGCAAUCUCUACAAAGUUUAGAUAUUUUGUCAACCACAGACUCCUAAAAGAGUAUUAUCUUUACCCACCUAUAGACUGCAUGCUGUGUGCCUUUAACUACUUCAGUUGGAUGCUUCCAUGUACCAGAGAAAUGAGAAAACACUUGAAGAUAUUGAACUGAAGAUAUCACAGUGGGUUUACAAUAGAAAAGAAAACAGAAGUGUGUAAAGAUUUCGUCCUCCAUGACUGAAUUACAAAGAGCUGAAGUUGAUGUUUGGAGAUGAAACAAAUCUCCAACAUCAUCAUUAUUUGUCUCCAAACAACAUCAUUUGGAGACAAAUAAUGACUUAUUUAUUACUUUUGAUAGUAUAAAAAAAAUGUUUUCAAUUAAAGAUUUUACAUUGGGGAA